UCCCCAGGCCGGCACAAUGGGCAAGGAGAAGACUCACAUCAACAUUGUGGUCAUUGGUCACGUGGACUCCGGCAAGUCCACCACAACCGGCCACCUCAUCUACAAAUGUGGGGGCAUCGACAAGAGGACCAUUGAGAAGUUCGAGAAGGAGGCGGCUGAGAUGGGGAAAGGCUCCUUCAAGUAUGCCUGGGUGCUGGACAAGUUGAAGGCCGAGCGGGAGCGUGGCAUCACUAUCGACAUCUCCCUCUGGAAGUUCGAGACCACCAAAUACUACAUCACCAUCAUCGACGCCCCAGGGCAUCGGGACUUCAUCAAAAACAUGAUCACUGGCACGUCCCAGGCGGACUGCGCGGUGUUGAUCGUGGCUGCAGGCGUCGGUGAGUUUGAGGCUGGCAUCUCCAAGAAUGGGCAGACCCGCGAGCACGCUCUGCUGGCCUACACGCUGGGCGUGAAGCAGCUCAUUGUGGGCGUCAACAAGAUGGACUCCACGGAGCCUGCCUACAGCGAGAAGCGCUACGAUGAGAUUGUGAAGGAGGUCAGCGCCUACAUCAAGAAGAUCGGCUACAACCCAGCCACAGUGCCCUUUGUGCCCAUCUCGGGCUGGCACGGCGACAACAUGCUGGAGCCCUCACCCAACAUGCCGUGGUUCAAGGGCUGGAAAGUGGAACGCAAGGAAGGGAACGCGAGUGGCGUGUCCCUGCUGGAGGCCCUGGACACGAUCCUGCCCCCGACACGCCCCACAGACAAGCCUCUGCGCCUGCCGCUGCAGGACGUGUACAAGAUCGGCGGCAUUGGCACGGUCCCCGUGGGCCGAGUGGAGACUGGCAUCCUUCGGCCGGGCAUGGUGGUGACCUUCGCUCCGGUGAACAUCACCACGGAGGUGAAGUCGGUAGAAAUGCACCAUGAGGCGCUGAGCGAGGCCCUGCCUGGGGACAAUGUGGGCUUCAACGUGAAGAAUGUGUCUGUCAAGGACAUCCGGCGGGGCAACGUGUGUGGGGACAGCAAGUCGGACCCGCCGCAGGAGGCCGCCCAGUUCACCUCCCAGGUCAUCAUACUGAACCACCCUGGGCAGAUCAGCGCUGGCUACUCACCAGUCAUCGACUGCCACACAGCCCACAUUGCCUGCAAGUUUGCAGAGCUGAAGGAGAAGAUCGACCGGCGUUCUGGCAAGAAGCUGGAGGACAACCCCAAGUCCCUGAAGUCUGGCGAUGCAGCCAUCGUGGAGAUGGUUCCCGGGAAGCCCAUGUGUGUGGAGAGCUUCUCACAGUACCCACCCCUCGGCCGCUUCGCCGUCCGCGACAUGCGGCAGACGGUGGCCGUGGGCGUCAUCAAGAACGUGGAGAAGAAGAGUGGCGGGGCAGGCAAGGUCACCAAAUCGGCGCAGAAGGCGCAGAAGGCCGGCAAGUGA